AUUAUUACUCUACUAGUGGCCUGUCCAGAUAAGCUGUUUGGGGCGGGCAGUCUGCAUUUUUUUCCAAGCUCUCAUUCUGCUGCACCAGUAACUCCAGAUUCCGUUCCCAAGGAAAUAAGCCGCUUUUUAUUUAAAACUGCAAAGAGCGAUGGAGAGUUUAGGUAAAGACCGUGCUUAUUCAGACCCUUCCCUGCCACCCUCUACAGCUUGUGAGGAGCAUGCUGUGCCAGGUGUCACCACCCGCCGCUUGAGAGACCGGGAGAUGCUCCGGAAAAGAAAGGCAGAAGCCCAGGAGAAGGAUUCAAUUCAGUGGGCUAUAGGGGAGCAGGAGAGGAGCAAGCAGCAGAGAAGACGACGAGGAGCCAGGCGAGGACGGGGCCGAAAACCCAUGGUGAAGCCCACACCGAAGCCAGAACCAGAGCUGGACCCUGAGCCCCCGGCGCAGAAGGAGGCUGAGCUGGUGCCCCCCAUGCCAGCGCACCAAGCCCAGCCACCCAUGAUGGCCAUGCAGGAGAUGCUCGGUGGGGUGCAGAUGGGAGCACUGGAGGGAGAGAUGGCAUCUGGGAGCCAGGGUCCUCUGGGUGAAGAGGAAGUGCUGAAACUAGCGGAAGAAAUACCAGAAGAACUGAAUACUCCCCUGGAAAACGACACAGAGGGUAGCGAAUACUUCCCGUCAGUCCUAUUUUAAGUUUCUCUCUCGAGUUUUACAUUUUCAUUUACAAUUUUAUGUCUGAGAGAAACUCCGAUGAGCGUUGUAGAGAGAUGUAGACCCCCUCCUUCCUGGUGAAUAAUAAAGCCCAGAGUCUCCUGGCCA